UGGACUGAGAAGCUCAAGCCUUGAGCAUGGAUCUUCAGGCCCUGCUUUUGGGGCUAAACCGUCCAUGGUGUUACCGCGCAUCUUUUUAUGCCUAUGCCUUGUGUGUCUUGUUGACGCCGAGAUGGCAAUGUCGCGACGAGACUCCUCCACCUCCAUCUUCUCGCUAAGAGACCGAUUCUUCGUCAAAUCAACCAAAGCAGGCUCGUUAGCAGAUGCCGCCAUCGUUGACGAUAUUCUGUUCAGGCGACACCCGCUGAACAUCCCACGUCUCAUUGCUUUACGCCGGUUUUUAUCCAGAUAUACCAUACUUCCACUGACCGAUACGAGGGGCUACAACAAACAUGGCCGCGGUCAUGGCACCUAUCGAGUUGCCUGCCGGCAGAAGAUCGUAUCACAACACAGCACCCCUCGCUGACAUCCACGACCCCAAUUGGAUUCCCGUGUUGGAUAGCACGACUUUCAAGCCGUCGUUGUCUCUGCUCGAGAAAGAAGGUUCAAUCACGACAGUCGGCUCGUUUUCGUUGUUUCCUGCCCAGUCGAAACCUCAACAGCUGCUUUCCCACAAGUACUCAAAAAGUUCAAUGGCUCCCGAAAGCGUAUCCUCAGACUCACGAUCACAGAGUCCUAGCCACGUCGAACCUCUGCCCAGUAUCGGAAUUUCUUUCCUGUCGAAUCAAAGCGGAAACUUCGGACACCGUCAUGGUCAAGCGUCGGGAUCAGGCUCUGUCGAAGAGAAGAUUUCGGUUUGUGCAGACACACCAGCUGGAAAUAUGCUCGGCAGAUCCAAUGCAGCAGGGAACUCAAGUACAACGCAGCAGACACCAUCUCAGCGUCCGAGCCAGCAAGAUGGACAGACAACCGAUUCUCAAACACGUCCCUCCACGGCCUCCUCACGGAAAACCUCAGUCCUCCCACCCACCUCCAAAUACAACCGCAAGCCGGUGCCUUCGAUGACUUCUCCUACUGCACGACCCUCUUUUGCGCCCAGUCUGCCCCAGACUCCUCAUGAAUCACCACGACUGGCAUCCACAACUCCUGUUGCAGUACCACCGAUACCUCAAGUCCAGGCUCUUACAUCACCGAACCUACGACCAAUCGCACCACCCCCCGAACCAGAGUCUAUCCCCAGGGUCCAGCCGUCCAAAUCUACCGCUUCGGAGCGGCGUCAACGAGCACUACACUCACAUCCCUCUACCAUGUCACUUCGAACGCGACGUAAUUCAAGUUCAGACGAUGCAGAAGUAGCACCUUCCAAACCACCCUCGAUCCGCCAGAAGUCUAGGAAAUCCACCGACUCCCGUACAACUACACCCCGAUCCACGAUAUAUGAGGGGCAGAUGCCCUUGUUACCCGCUCCAACCACACCUCUUCCCGAACUACCGUCUGAAGCACGACGACCUCCAACACGAGAGAACGUCUCGGCAAGAUCGACGCCGGCACUGCCCGAAGAACCCUUCCUCCCUGCCAUGUCCAACUCCCGACCAUCAGAGCAUACCGGGAUGGCGUCGUUCAUGACGGAGAAGAACACCAUUGUCUUCCGUCGUUUCGACGAUGUGCAUGUUAGACUUUUGCUAUGCUUGCAGGACGAAAUUUCGCAGCUAGAAAAGGAGCUGGCAACUCUGGAAAGCCCGACGUCUAGUGGUGGUAUUUCUGCGGAGCAGAUGUCGCAAAAGAUGAAAGUGAUGCGAGAAUUACGUAAAGUCGUGUCUGAAUAUGAUACCAUGUUUAUGACGUGGAACAAAAUGCAGGCGAACAAGAUCGCUGAGUCGACUACGAGGGACUUGAAACAAUGGCUGCAAAAGCCUGGGACUGGUGCACAGGCCGGUCUGGGGAUUGAGAUGCGGCAAGAUGUGCAGUGGCUGGACGAGAACUCGAAGGAUCUAAGCAGUAUUGAAAUCAGUGAGAAGGACGAAACGAUGCCGCAGAGGCAGCAGGGCUCGAGUAGUAGGGUUGGGAUCGAUGCGCUCCUGGCAUUAUUCGGUUGCGGCAUGAGAAGGAAAUGAAUGGCGCUUUGGCGUUACACAAUGAUGGUCAUAUUUGCGAGCCUUUGCAUACCUAGAUACCACGGCCUUUUCAUCGGAAGCGAGCGAAUUGCAUGGCGUAUGUGGAUGGUACUCCAUUUUUGGGGGUAUGGCUACUGUCACGGGCAUGGCUACUUUAUUUUAGAGCCAGCGCUUCUGAUAUGGCAUGACGGGAAAUGAUAAUACCCAUCCAAUACUAGUUGUGGUACGAAAGGUCUGUUGUGAUGUGGUAGCUUUCUCGUACCUGCGUUG